CGAACUGCAAACCAGGAAGCGGCUGCACUGACUCGCGGAUCAAAACAAAAAAGUUUUCGCUUCUAUUUUUACUUUUUUAAUCCAUCAUGGCUUCCGAUCCUGAAGCAGAGCCAGAUAAAGAGAUGUGGAUUAAAACUCGAGAGGCAAUGGCACAUUUCCGGAAGCUACUUUUGUGCUCUAAAUGCUCGAACCUCCUGACUGAGCCGGUGUGUCUGGGAGUCUGUGAGCAUCUGCUGUGCAGGUCAUGUGCUGGUCCUCGUGUGGGAGACGGCUGCAGUGUGUGUCUCAGUCCCGCCUGGGUGAAAGAUGUCCACAUUAACAGACAGAUCAGUAACAUCACGCAGCUCUUCCUGCAGCUGGAGGCUGUGCUCUGUCCCUCUGAGGGCUCAGCGCCUCCUACUGAGUCUCCAGCACCCUCGACAGAACCCACGGUCCUCACCAAGAAGAAGAACUUCAAGAUCUGGUUCAGUCCAAAGAGCCGCAAAGUGCGAUGUCGAGCGGAGAACGCAGCCGAUUCGAACUCGUCCGUGCCGCCACACUCCGAACCUGGCGUCCUGUCUGUCUUCAACUUCACCUCCUCCUCGCAGGAUUCGGGCUCCUCCACACCUCCCCGGGCGAGAACGGGAACUGACCAGAAGAAAAAGAAGAAGAAAGGACGAAAGAAAAUAAAGAAGGUCAUUAGGAAGCAAAUCCAAGGCACCAGGAUUCAGAACAAGGAGAAGAAGAUGAGGCUGGAGGCCGUGAACCAGCAGUGGGGGUUUGGGAAAGAUGAUGCCAUGGAGGACGAGGAGGACAAGAAUGAGGCAAGGAGUGGGAAGAGGGUGUCCUUCCAGUGUCCUUUCAGUGGCGCUAAACAGGAGGAGGUUCAGGACGUUCCUCAGGGUGAGAAUCAAGUCUUCAGUCCGAAGAGACAGAGGAGGAGCAUCCUGAAGGACGGGAUGGAGAAGCCACCUGAUCAAGCUCUCUCUGAGAUCCAACAACCUCCUUGUUCUUCUCCGAAAAGAUCCAGACCGCAAGAUGGAAGUCCAGAGAGCACCCCAAAGCGUCCCAGACUUUCUCCAGGCCAGAGGGCGAGGAGGAGGAGAUCGGGUCUGUCUCCACUCACCUCUCCAUCUUCCAGCAUUCCUGAAAAAUCCAUAGAGGAAAGGAAAGAGAAGGAAAGCCCAGGGAACUCUCCUGCCAGUGCGAGGAGCCAAGCUAGCCCCGCCUACAUGAAGAGGAACCAUAAAGGAGAGACACCUCUGCACCUCGCCGCCAUCAAGGGUGAUGUGGAGAUGACCAGAGAGCUCCUGGAGCAGGGAGCAGACCCCAACCUGAAGGACCACGCUGGCUGGACCCCACUGCAUGAGGCGUGUAACCUGGGUCACGUGGGUGUGGUGGAGCUGCUGGUCCAGCAGGGGGUGCUGAUCAACACACCCGGCUACGAGAACGACUCUCCGCUACACGACGCCGUGAGGAACGGACACGCUGCUGUAGCUAAAGUGCUGCUGCAGCACGGAGCCUCCACCACUGUACUGAAUAUCUUUGGCCUUCGUCCUGUCGACUAUGCUGCGACUGCAGAAAUGCGUGAGGUCCUAAGUUUGGUCCUUGAGGCACCUCAUGCUACAAUGACACCAGUGAGCUCUCCGGCGAAUCUGUCAAAGUCUCCAGCUCUGAUGAAGAAAGAAGUCCAGGUCAGGCUGAUCGGUAGUAAACUGACGGCAGCUCAGCAGAACCAGCUGACCAAAGCAGCUCGAGUCCUGGGAGGAAAACGAGUCGAGACUUUCUCCAGCGCAGUCACACAUGUGAUGGUACCGUAUGGACCCAUGCCUUCCACCCUCACCGUCCUGCAGGGAAUCCUCAACGGCUGCUGGGUUUUAUCGUUCACAUGGCUGGACCAGUGUCUGCAGCAGGGCCGUUGGAUGGAUGAGAGCGGGUUCGAGGCGGGCGACGGUCCACGGAGGUCUCGAGCGAAUAGAGUCAGUCUGCUGCCUCCUCUGUUCAACGGCUGUUUCUUCUAUCUGCUCGGCUCCUUCCACAAGCCUCCGAGAGACGGGCUGGUGCAGCUGGUGAAGGUCGGAGGAGGUCAGCUGCUCAGCCGACAGCCCAAAGCUGACAGCGACGUGACUCAGACGGUGAUGGCGGCAGCGUACCACGCUCGGCCCGACUCGGAUCAGGCGUUCUGCACUCACUACAUCCUGUAUGAUCCGCAGAGCUCGAGCAGACCCGGACCGGUCCGUCUGGGCAAAGUGUGGUCAGCUCCUUCGUCAUGGCUGCUGGACUGCAUCAAGGCCUUCAGCCUGCUUCCUGUCCCCGAGCUCUGACUCGUUUAUUACGCCUCGUAUACUUUUAAGCCUAACUGACAGGACGCAGGUCAUAAAUAUAAAUUCUCAGCACUGAUCUGCAUUGCUGAGUAAAUUUUAAAAAAAUAUCACAGGCCUCAUUCUGUGGAAAUAUUUUCCUUCAUCAAACUGAACAAAAAUUUAGUGUUUAGUAUAAAUUGCUCAAAAAGACUCCAAUUAAAUUCAGGUUGUGUUCCAAACUGAUUUUCAUUUAGCCACGCCCACAAAACUCCAUAAAAGGAAAGCUCACAGAGAGCUGAAAACAAAAAUCGGUGAGAGAAGCGUCUCCUCGGUGCGUCACGCCUUAAAUCUUCCAGCAGUUUAGCUAACACAGACACGCAUUAAACCUUCCUCCAUUCAUAGGGUGCCAUUACUUUUGUCCUAAUUAAAUAAUGAUUUAUGGAUUUCUUAAAGAUCACAUUUUUCUUAAGUGAUUAAUAUAAAAUGUCUGAGUUUAUUGAAUUAGUGUUUAAAGCAUUAAACACUCGUAAUCUGUACAUAUAAUGUUGAUCAUGUGUUCAAGAUUCACGAGUCAGUUUUCUUAAACAGAAAUUUACAUUUUUUUUUUUUUUUAAGUUUUUCAUGAACACUACUACACUUUUUGUAUAAAAGCUCCUGCGAAGGAAUUACGAAUAUUUUUGUUCGUAUCCAGUUUUAUAAGGCCAAUUGUAGAUCAAUUAUCUGUAUUAUUUUUUUUUUUUUUUUUUUUUUU